ACAGAACAUAACACGAGCGCGCUGAAAACAGUGGUUGUGGUAGUGCAUGGUCAAACGAGCCGCAUCUUCUAGAAGUUUCGAAGCGUAAUUUGUGAAGUUUCUACACAGAUUUCUUUCAUUUUAUAGUUUUGUGGGUGGUGCUCUAUCUUAUUAAUUUUCGUCAAAAUGCCAUCCAACGAUCCAGAGAAAUUUGAUUCCAUGCUGCUGGCAAUGGCCCAACAGCAUGAGAGUGGUGUCCCAGAGAUGUUAGACACAAUUUUUAGCUUUCUGGCUCGUAAAACGGAUUUCUUUAUCGGUGGGGAGAAGGGAGCUGCUGAGAAGAUGAUACUCGGUAAGUUCCGUGCUCAUGAAACAGAAGCCUUAGCUGCUGAGAGUAAGAAGAGGAAAGAAAGAGAAGAGAGCGAGGCCAAGCGGAAGAGCCGCUUAGAACAACGAAGGAAAGAAGAGGAAGAAAACGAAAAGAAAAGACAGGAGUUCUUUAGUAAAAGUUCUAAUUCUACUAGUAGUCCUUCCGCUGUCCCUAAAGUUAUGGAACUUACUGAUGAGGAAGCGGAGAAAUUACAGAAAGAACUUGAUAAAAAGAAUGAAGCCCCUACAUCUAGUACUAGUAAAACUCCUGCGGAAGGUGGAGAUGGUGAUAAAACGAAAGAUGAUGAUGAAGAGGAAGAAGAUCCAAAAGAGAAAGGAAAGCUGAAGCCCAAUGCUGGUAAUGGCUGUGACAUGUCGAACUACAGAUGGACUCAGACUCUAAGUGAAUUGGAGCUGCGCGUGCCCGUGUCGGCGCCGUUCGCCAUCCGAUCGCGGGACGUGGUCGUCAACAUCCAGAAGAAGCACCUCACGAUCGGCCUCAAGGGCCAGCCGCCCAUCAUCGACGGCGACCUGCCGCACGAGGUGAAGCUCGAGGAGAGCACCUGGCUGCUGGAGGACAACGCCACCGUCAUCGUCAACAUAGAGAAGGUCAACAAGAUGGAGUGGUGGAACAAACUGGUGACCUCGGACCCCGAGAUCUCGACGAAAAAGAUCAACCCCGAGCCCAGCAAGCUGUCGGACCUGGACGGCGACACGCGCGGGCUCGUGGAGAAGAUGAUGUACGACCAGCGGCAGCGCGAGCUCGGCCUGCCCACCAGCGACGAAGCCAAGAAGCAGGAGACCAUCAGGAAGUUCAUGGAGCAGCACCCCGAAAUGGACUUCUCCAAAUGCAAGUUCAACUGAGCCGACCGUUGGCGCUAUUUCGUCGCUACAUUCCCGUCGUGCCGCCGACCACCGGACUGACGCUCGCGUCAAAUUUCUUUUUAGUCAUGCUAAUUUUGUGAUAUUCGUUUUUUGCUCGUGUGGCAGUCCGCCUCUGACUCCAAUUGAUACCGCGUUGCGCGCGAGUAUGUUUUUGUAUAAGCCUCGCGCACUGACUGCUCUCGCCCUCACCAUUUGCAUUUGAGCGACUUACUUACCCUAAGGUUGUGCAGUGCCUUUUUUUAUUCGGAACGAAAACAAUCAUUGUGCGUUUAGUGUCGUAAGUUACUUCUCGGUUAAGUCUUUAGAAAGUGAUCAACUUUACAGGGAUUUAAACACGCACAUUUUUUUGUGUAUUAGUGCGUUACUCAAGCAAGAGCUAGUUAAGUCUUAAGACCUGUUCCCACUUUGUCCUUGUUAUCAGCUCGUCUUGAUUCUUACACUAGCUCAAACUACCCUUAUAUAUGUAUCUGUCUGUGCAAACUUCAAGUUCAAAUAACAAUAAUAAUAAAUUACAAGUUUUUUUCUUA